UGGUAGUUUUCAGAAGAGUUUAGAGUAUGGAUCGCGAAGAGUAACAUCUAUCAUAGUAGUGAAGCGGCAGAACCACACUGGAAUAAGCGUGUUUUACUAAAUUUAAGGCCGACAUGGGCACUUUUGGAUGACUGUGCCUGCAGUGUGUAACACACCAUGCGAUUCUUCUGCAGCAUGAGUAUUUGAUACUAUUUAUAGUUUAAUUUAUUAAGGAUGGAUAACCUGUCUGGGCUGUUUGGUGAUGGGGACCUGAGUGACCUGGACCUGGGAGGAGAUUCCUUUGGUGGUCCCUCGGGUCCCACGCCUGUCUCUGUGCAGGAGAUGGACCUCAGCUACAACCAGCCAUCAUACACCAGUAUAGGGUCUGCGGCUGGGGGUCCUCCACCUCAGGGCCCGGGACAGAAGAUGGGUAUGGGUGGUGGGCCCCCUCCGUCGGCGCAAGGGAUGUACCCUGGCCCUGGACCAGGGCCUGGACCAGGACCUGGUUACCAGUAUCCUGGAGGGCCAGGCCAACAACAGCCUCCUAUGAAUCAAUACCAGGGUGGUCAGUAUCGGCCGUCAUACCCACCGUCUGGCCAAGAGAUGUAUGCCCAAACCUGGAACAACCAGCCGGACCCAUACAAUCACAUGCCCGGAGGUUAUCAGCAACAGCCAAAUUAUCCCCAACAAAGUAUGCCGCCAUAUCAGAACCAAGGCAUUACAAACUCCAGCAUGGGAGGCACUAUGCAACAGAACAUUCCACAGAAUUACCAGGGCAUGCCACCCCAGAGUAUGGGUCAGGGUUACCCACCUGGUUCUCAGGGCAUAACUUACCAAGGUGCACCAAGGCCACCUUAUCCUGGGUUUGACCCCCAGAGACCAAUGGCUUCCAACUCCCCAAAUAUGAGUCCCUACCCAGGGGCUCCCCCAGCACCCGGCCAGCCUCAGCAGUACGCCAUGAGUCAGGGUAUGAGACAGCCAUAUCAGAUGGGACAGUAUCCUCAGGGCCAAGUUCCUAUUGGGGGGCAGCAGCAGCCGCACCCAGGCCAGCCCAUGAUGGGAGGGCCACGACCUCAGGGUGAUAUGAACCAGUACCCUGGCUCUCAGGUACCUAAUGGCACACCAGGCUUUAGAGCAUCAUUCCCCCAGGCUUCUCCACAGCUGUCACCCCAUCCGCAAGCAUCGCCUCGGCCUCAGAUGUCCCCGAUGCCACGUAGCAUGUCACCCCACCCUCGCCCCAAUUCUAAUCUAGGAAUGACUACUCCUGUAUCAUCCCCUGCGUCCAUGCCUCCGUCAUCAAGUGCGUCGCCAGCUCCUCUUGGCGGUGCACCAGGAUCCAGCCUACAGCAACUUGAAAGUAUGGUGAAGCCUGGUAGCGUUGCUGGAAGAAACACACCUACCAGCCAGCGAUGCACUACCCCCAAUCAGCCUAUGCCAUCACCUGGUCUGUAUGCUGGCUCCUCUGGAGUACCUAGUCCGUUGGGCACCCGACCACCCAUGUCUCCAGGCAUGGUUAGUAGACCUUCUAUGGGUACUCCAAUGAGUCCAGGUCUAGGGCCUGGUUCGGUCCGACCUCCCAUGUCUCCACAGCAGUGGCAGCAGGCUCGGCCAAUGGCCCAACAAAGUUACAUGCAACAGAGCAGCUAUAUGCAAGGAGGCAGUAUGGCAGGGCCAAGGCCUCCUAUUAGCCAACAACAGUCGCCUAUACCAACGCCUCAAGGACAGGACUCUGCAAUGCCUGACAGUAUUUCUAAUGUUAGUGAUGGUAGUUUGACUCCGAACAGUAGUACAUCAAGUGUGUGUGUGUCUCAGAGUAAUGGACCAGUGUCAACUCCAAGUGUCAAUACCAGUAUAGUGAAUAGUGCAGUAAGUAGUUUAGCAAACAGUGAAUCUUUGAGUGAGAGUGUUCAGGUGCAAGCCUCUUCUAGCCCAACUACGACUUUAACUACAUCAACAGUAAAUGGACCUACACAGACAACUUCAGCCAUUCAACAACACCAAGCUUCAGCACCCACCAACGUGCCUACCACUUCCACCAACCCUGGAAGUUUGCCAACAAGUGCUGUGAAUCAGAAUGGUAUGAUGCCUAGUUUAGUAGCCACAAAUGGUAUGCCACCAAGCACGGUCACACCAAACGGGAUGCCUCCAAGUAGUAUGCCAAAUGCGUCAGGACCUGGAAUCAUGACAUCAACAGGCAUGCCUCCUCGUGGUCCCCAAGGGCCAGGUAUGAUGAGAUUUCCAGGUCCUCAGGGCCCUCACGGACCAUACCAGCAAGUAAUAGGGCAGCCAGGAUAUAGAGUUGUUGGUCCAGUGUCCUAUGGACCGCAAGGACAGAUGUCCCCAGGACAGAGACUACCGGGUCAGAUGCCACCAGGACCUGGCCAGAUGCCUCAGGCACCGGGGCAGAGGCCACAAGGACCAGGACAAAUGCCGGGAGGUCCUGGACAGAUGCAUCCAGGUCCUGGCCAAAUGCCACCAGGAGGGCCAGGCCAUAUGCCUCCAGGACCAGGACAUAUGCCUCCAGGCCAAAUGCCAUCAGGCGGUCCUGGACAAAACACUAACCAAAUGUCAACACCUGGCCAAGUAUCUGGAAAAGGACCCGGCCAGAUGGCUCCUGGAGGCCCAUGUCAGAAACCCCCAGGUGGCCCAGGACAGAUGCCUCCAACAGGGCCAGGCCAAAUGCAAACAGGGAGUCCAGGACAGAUGCCACCAGGUGGACCAGGACAGAUGCCACCAGGUGGACCAGGACAGAUGCAACCAGGUGGGCCAGGUCAGAUGCAACCAGGUGGGCCAGGACAGAUGCAACCAGGUGGGCCAGGACAGAUGCAACCAGGUGGGCCAGGACAGAUGCAACCAGGUGGACCAGGGCAGAUGCAACCAGGUGGGCCAGGACAAAUGCCACCCGGUGGACCAGGACAAAUGCCACCCGGCGGACCAGGGCAGAUGCCACCCGGAGGACCUGGGCAGAUGCCACCCGGAGGACCUGGGCAGAUGCCACCCGGCGGACCUGGGCAGAUGCCACCCGGCGGACCUGGGCAGAUGCCACCCGGCGGACCUGGGCAGAUGCCACCCGGCGGACCUGGGCAAAUGCCACCAGGUGGACCCGGCCAGAUGCAACCUGGCGGACCUGGCCAGAUGCAACCUGGCGGACCCGGCCAGAUGCAACCUGGCGGACCCGGCCAGAUGCAACCUGGCGGACCCGGCCAGAUGCAACCUGGCGGACCCGGCCAGAUGCCUCCCGGACCUGGGCAGAUGCCACCCGGCGGACCAGGGCAGAUGCCACCCGGCGGACCUGGGCAGAUGCCACCCGGCGGACCUGGGCAGAUGCCACCCGGCGGACCUGGGCAGAUGCCACCCGGCGGACCAGGGCAGAUGCCACCCGGAGGACCUGGGCAGAUGCCACCCGGAGGACCUGGGCAGAUGCCACCCGGCGGACCUGGGCAGAUGCCACCCGGCGGACCAGGGCAGAUGCCACCCGGAGGACCUGGGCAGAUGCCACCCGGCGGACCAGGGCAGAUGCAACCAGGUGGGCCAGGACAGAUGCAACCAGGUGGGCCAGGACAGAUGCAACCAGGUGGACCAGGACAGAUGCAACCAGGUGGGCCAGGACAGAUGCAACCAGGUGGGCCAGGACAGAUGCAACCAGGUGGACCAGGACAGAUGCAACCAGGUGGACCAGGGCAGAUGCCACCCGGAGGACCUGGGCAGAUGCCACCGGCGGACCUGGGCAGAUGCCACCGGCGGACCUGGGCAGAUGCCACCGGCGGACCUGGGCAGAUGCCACCCGGAGGACCUGGGCAGAUGCCACCCGGCGGACCAGGGCAGAUGCAACCAGGUGGGCCAGGACAGAUGCAACCAGGUGGGCCAGGACAGAUGCAACCAGGUGGGCCAGGACAGAUGCAACCAGGUGGACCAGGACAGAUGCCACCAGGAGGUCCAGGACAGAUGCCACCAGGAGGUCCAGGACAGAUGCCUCCAGGACAAAUGCCUCCCGGUGGUCCAGGACAGAUGCCUCCAGGAGGUCCAGGACAGAUGCCUCCAGGACAGAUGCCACCAGGAGGUCCAGGGCAGAUGCCUCCUGGUGUUCCAGGCCAAAUGCCACACGGAGCGCCUAGUCAGAUGAUGCCAGGAGGGCAAUUGCCAACAAGUGUGGCGGCACAGAUGCCCCCAGGUUCACAAAACCAAAUCCCACCAGGACAGAUUCCAACAACACAGAUGGGACCCAUGGGGCAAAUGGGACCAGGGAUGCAUCCUCAGGCAUCUGUAGGUCCUGGCAUGGGCCCUGGUCCCCAAAUGGGACCCGGUAUGGCACAGGGGCCAAUGGGUAUGCCUCCGCAAGGUCCUCAUUCUAUGCAACCCCAGAUGAAUUUUGCUUUUGAGAUUCAGCAGUGCCAGCAGCAGCUGCAGCAACUAUACAAAAUGCCACAGAACGUGCAAACACAACAGAAGAUUCAAGAAAUGCAGCAGAGGAUAAAUCACUUGCAGCAACAACAGUCGCAACAGCAACAGCAAUUCAUGCAACAACAACAGCAGGGGAUGUUCAACCAGCAGCAGCCUCCUCCUGACGAUGGCAGCAAAGGCAAGAGCAAAAAAGCCUCCAAACCCAAGGCGCCCAAGACCCCGAAGACUCCUAAGGAGCCCAAGCCCAAGAAGGAGACCAAGAGCAAGAAGGAAUCCGCCAAGCCCAAGGAACCCAAGGAGGCCAAGCCAAAGCGGGUUAGACCGUCUCGUCAGCCCCAGGAAAACAAGACAUCAAAAGAUUCAAAGAAAAGUUUGAAAAUUCAGAGAGUUGUACUCAUCACUGUACUAGUGUUCCUUGUAAGAUAUCAGUCACGUGCUAAAAAACCCAUUGCUCCAACUGGGCCAGAUGGAGCACCCUUACCUGUUGACACAGGCACAGGUGCCCCACCGGCUGCCCUAAUGGAUCCAGCAGUUGCACCUCCAGGCACUCCUCUUGACCCCACAAAGGUGAACCCAGUGACAGGGUUACCUUUGAAUGCAGCUACAGCAGCUGCUACUACUCCCAAGCCCAAGCCAGAGAAGAAGCCCAAGGUGAAGAGUGCAACACCUUCUAAGAAAAAACCUGCAGCCAAACUCACACUAAAUUUCAAAAAGAAGAGGAAACGAAGAGGGUCAGAAAGCGAUUACUCUGACAUAGAGGAAGGAAAACUCAAUUCAUCAUCUCGAGAAGAAGAUGAUGCCAACAAGAGACGUUCGGGACGUAAUACAGCACGGAAGAAGUAUGUUGAUGAGUUGGACUUGAACUUGUCUGAUGAUGAUUCCUUGCUUAUCAAGAAUGCCAAUGGUCCAGGUGGCGGUGACCCCCAGAGCGCAGCAGAUUUGGCUGCUGCUUACACCGGACAGAAUCCAGUUGAAGAUGCUGAAGGAAAUCUUAUUAAACCUAAUUUUGUAUAUGUGGAUCCAAACCUAGAAGAUACCAUGGUUGUACAGUUCAUUCUUGGUAUGCGGAUGGGCACAAGAGAAAUUGAAAGUGACACUGAGGAUGAAAAAGAAAAGGAGGAAGAGGAAAAACAAGAGGGUGAUGAGAAAGAGAAGGAUGGGGAAGAGGGGGAGGAGAAGAAGAAGAAGGAGAAGAAGCCCAAAGGUCCACCAAAGAAGAUUGAGGUUGAAGAAUUCUUCGUGAAAUAUCGGUCCUUCUCUUACUUGCACUGUGAGUGGCGCACAGAAGAAGAACUCUUCAAAGGGGACAAGCGCAUUAAUGGUAAAAUUAAACGCUACAAGCAGAAGAGAGCCAUGAGCCAGAAUGUUAUGGACUUUUUGGAAGAAGAGGCUUUUAACCCAGAUUAUACAGAAGUGGACAGAAUCUUAGAUGUAACCACCACAAAUGACCCAACCACAGGAAAGGAAAUCAAGCAUUAUUUGAUCAAGUGGAAGGCUCUUCCUUAUGAAGAUUCCACUUGGGAAUUAGAAGAUGAAGUUGACACCCUGAAAAUCAAAGCUUUCUUGUCGUAUAAAGACCCUCCUCCAAAGGGUGAUUGGAAAAUUAAGAAGCGACCAAAGCCAAGUGAGUGGAAGAAAUUGGAAGAAUCCCCUCUCUACAAAAAUAAUAAUUCACUUCGGGAGUAUCAGCUUGAAGGCCUUAACUGGCUGAACUUCUCUUACUACAACUCACAUAAUUGCAUCCUGGCUGAUGAGAUGGGUCUGGGAAAGACUAUCCAGUCACUGUCGUUUAUUGACGCAUGCUACAAAUAUGGGAUACGUGGACCGUACCUGAUUAUUGCACCUCUUUCCACAAUCCCAAAUUGGCAGCGAGAGUUUGAAAGUUGGACCGAUCUCAAUAUCAUUGUUUACCAUGGAUCGCAAGCAAGUCGUAACAUGAUUCUUGAGUAUGAGAUGUACUACAAGGAUGAGAAGGGUCAGCGAAUACCAAAUCUUUACAAGUUCAAUGUCCUUAUUACUACUUUUGAAGUUAUUAUAUCAGAUUGCCUUGAGCUGAAAGAGAUUCACUGGCGUUGCUGUAUCAUUGAUGAGGCACACAGACUGAAAAACAGGAAUUGUAAGCUGUUAGAAGGUCUACGACUUAUGCACAUGGAGCAUAGAGUGCUGCUCUCAGGAACACCAUUGCAGAACAAUGUAACAGAAUUGUUCUCUCUACUCAACUUCUUGGAACCAACUCAGUUUGCCUCGCAAGAAACGUUCCUACAAGAUUUUGGGAAGCUGGAAUCUGAAGACCAAGUGAAGAAGCUGCAAGCACUCCUCAAACCUAUGAUGUUGAGAAGAAUGAAAGAAGAUGUAGAGAAAAGUCUUGCACCAAAGGAAGAAACAAUUAUUGAAGUUGAAUUGACAAAUAUACAGAAGAAGUAUUAUAGAGCUAUUCUUGAGAGGAAUUUUGAUUUCCUUGUGAAAGGUGCAACUUACGCUAAUGUACCAAGUCUGAUGAAUACUAUGAUGGAGCUGCGUAAAUGUUGCCUCCACCCAUAUCUCCUCAAUGGCGCAGAGGAAGCCAUUCAGCAGGAUUAUCGUGACUCCCAUCCAAACCAUCAGCAGGAACAAGACACAUACCACAAUGCACUUAUUCAGUCCUCUGGCAAAAUGGUAUUAACAGAUAAGUUGCUGCCCAAGCUGAGAGAAAAUGGCCACCGAGUCCUUAUUUUCUCUCAAAUGGUCAAGCUGCUGGAUAUUCUUGAAGACUACCUCAUAUUUAGAAAGUAUCCAUAUGAAAGAUUAGAUGGUCGGAUCCGUGGCAACUUGCGUCAAGCUGCCAUUGACCGUUUUUGCAAGCCAGACUCUGAUAGAUUUGUGUUCCUGCUGUGUACCAAAGCUGGAGGUCUAGGUAUCAACCUGACCGCUGCCGAUACUGUGAUAAUUUAUGACAGUGAUUGGAACCCUCAGAAUGACCUGCAAGCCCAGGCAAGGUGCCACAGGAUUGGGCAGUCAAAGAGUGUCAAGAUUUAUCGUCUGUUAUGUCGAAACACAUAUGAACGAGAGAUGUUUGAUAAAGCAUCUCGAAAAUUAGGUCUUGACAAAGCUGUUUUGCAGUCAAUGAAUAGUGAACAAGGAAAGGCAGCAGCAGGAGGCAACUCCAUGGGCCUUUCUAAGAAGGACAUUGAAGAACUCUUGAAGAAAGGUGCCUAUGGAGCUUUGAUGGAAGAAGAUGAUGGGGCUGAUGAUUUUUGCGAAGAGGACAUUGAUCACAUUCUCUCCAGAAGAACAACAGUUAUUCAGCAUGAGAGUGAGAAAGGAUCCUCAUUCUCCAAAGCUUCAUUUUCUGCAUCAUCUAACCGCUCAGAUAUUGAAUUGGAUGAUCCUGAUUUCUGGAAGAAGUGGGCAAAGAAAGCAGAGAUUGAUACAGAUUUAGGGGAUAAAUUGAGAAAGAAAAACUUGAUAGUGGAAGAACCAAGGCGUAGGUCCCAAAUCCGUCGAUAUGGUCAUGAUGAAUCUGUACUGGACUGCAGUGAUCUUGAAUCUUCUGCAAGUGACUCAGCUGCAGAGAAGGAUAAUGAACCAGAGAUGAUUCCAGAGCUACUCAAAGGACGUGGCCGUGGCCGUGGAAGAGGUCGUGGCAAUAGGGGUAGAGGAGGAAGAGGGAACAGAUCAACAAGAGCCUCAAGAUGGGUGUUUGAUGAAGAGGCAGCUGAAUCAGAUGUUGUUGUCUAUGGCCAGUGGCUACGUUCUGAGUGCUUCAAGGUGGAGAAGGGGUUAUUGAUGUAUGGAUGGGGAAGAUGGAAAGAGAUUCUUAUUCACGGAGAUUUCCGUCCAGCGUGGAAGGAAACUGAUGUGAUGGAUUGUGCACGCAUGAUCCUACUCUUCUGUAUUCGUUAUUACCGGGGGGAUGAUAAAAUCAAGGGCUUUAUUUUUGAUUUGAUUGCCCCAACUUCAGAUGGUAAAACUCGUGUCCACCAUAAUCACAUUGGCCUCUCUGCCCCUGUCCCACGUGGCCGCAAAGGUAAAAAAAAGAUCAGGGAAGCAAAGAUGGUGGCCACACACAUGGAAGGAGCUGAUUGGGCCAAGGAAGAGAAGUUUGAUACAGAUGUGUACUUAGAUCAAGGUUACUCAAGACACCUUACUCGUCACUCCAACAAGGUGUUGUUGAGGGUACGCCUUCUCUUCUACAUAAAGCAAGAAAUCAUUGGUGAUUUUGCAAAGCAGAUUGACGACGGAUGCAAGGCGGAAGAGCUGAAUAUUACCCCUCCCCCUACAGAAUUGCCACCUAAACCUUGGUGGGAUCUGGAGGCAGACCGAUCACUACUUGUGGGUGUAUAUAAACACGGGUAUGAGCGCUAUAACGUAAUGAGGAACGACCCUUGUCUCUGCUUUCUUGGUCGCUGCGGUCCUCCUGAUAAAACAGCACUUAUGGCAGAAAUGAACACAACUAUAAAUGAGGAUGACUUGGAUAAGGAAGACAAGGAUGAUGACAAAGAUGACGAGGACUCCAACCAGACUCCUCUGCCAUCAAGCCCUGCUGUUUCAACCUCUACCUCUAAGUCUGAUGAUGACAAAUGUGAUGAAAAAGAUGAGAAGACGACCGGAGAAAAGAAAUUGUUAAAUUUCCCGUCCACAUCUGAUCUCAAUGGUCGCCUUCGAAGACUUGUGACAACUUGUCAACGGAACAAUCGCAAAAACGAUAUGAGAAAUGAGGCCAAGGUCAGGGGUUAUGACCACUACUUAGCUGAUAAACUCAUGAGGAGAGAGCGCAUGGCAGAAUACAUUCGGGAACGAGAGCUGCGCAAAACAGACUACAACCAAAGACGGUGGUCAAAUAGAGAGCAGGCAGAGUUCUACCGCACCAUUUCUACAUUUGGUGUGGAAUAUAUCAGAAAAGAAAAGAGGUACGAUUGGUCCAAGUUCCGUAUGCUGUCACGUCUGGAGAAGAAAUACGAUGAAACACUCACUGAGUACUUCCGAGCAUUUAUGGCCAUGUGUAAGAGGCAGUGUGGGAUUCGAUUAUCAGAGGAAGAGAAUGAGAAACUUUUAGAAGUUGGUGUUGAUAGAUUACCAGAGGAGCGUGCCCGAAGAGUUCUAGAGCGAGUAGAUCUCCUCAAUCGCCUUCGCAAUGAUGUUCUGCCCCAUCCAGCUCUGAAGGAUGCAUUAGAGCUUGCCUUACCUUCUAAGGAUAUGCCUGACUGGUGGAUUCCUGGAAAGCAUGACCAUGACCUUCUGAAGGGUGUCAGCAGACAUGGUUUGGGUCGCACUGAUUACUACAUCUUGUACGACCCUGACUUGAACUUCCGCGACAUUAUCCGGCGCCACACUGCUGGAGAACCCCUUAUCACAAAGGAGGAAAAAGAGGCAUUGCACAAAAAAUAUUACAAGAAAAAAGGAAAGGAGGGUGAAAAGGGAAAAGAAAAGAAGCAGGAGAAGGAGGAGACAAAGAAGGAGACAAAGAAGGAGGAGGUAAAGAAGAAAGAGGAAGAGGAGAAACAGAAGGAGGAUGGGGAUGAGGAAAAGAAGGAAAAUGUAGAAAAAGAAAAGGAAGUAGAGGAGAAGGCAAAGGAAGAAGAAGAAGAGGAGAUGGAAGUAGAAGAAAAGGAAGAGGAUACACAGGACAUGGAGGAAGAAGCAAAGGAGGAGGAGGAGGAUGGAGAGAAUGACAUAGAGAAGCCACCUGCAGAAGCCUCAGAAAAUGAAAAAGAAGCUGAGAAAGAGGAUUCAUCCAGUAAAGAUUUAGAUACUGAGAAAGAGGCAGAAGAGGCAAGUGUAGAGUCAAAAGAAGAAAAUAAAAUUAAUGCAGAAAAUGAAAAGGAGGACAGUGAUGGUGUCAAGAAUGAUAGCUCAGAAGAUACCAAAGAAGCAAGUAAUUCUCCAAAAGCAGAAGUUGAAGAUGCAAAAGUCAAACAGGAAAUCAAAGAGGAGAUGGUGGAUGAAGAAUCCAUUAAAAAAGAGGUAAAAGAAGAGGGAGAUGAUGAAGCAAAGGAAGAUAAGAAAGAGGUUGUUGUUAAGACAGAAGUUAAAGUAGAAGCUAAAGAAGAAUCCAAAGAAGAUGAAAGUAUAGUCAAAGAAGAAGAAGAAAAAAUGGAGACGGACGAGAGCUCCAAAGUAGAUGAGAGUGAAGCAGUUGAUGAAGAGAUGAAGGAAAGCAGUAAUGAUGAAACCAAAGAAAGCAAUGAUGCACAUCAGGAGAAGAAAGGAGAGGAAAAGGCAAAAGAAGAAGGAAAAGAGGAGAUCAAGAUAAUAUCAGAGACUAAAGAUGAGAAGCAAGAUGGUGAGAAGAAAGAGAAAGGUAAAUCCAAAUCUGCUCUCCUAAGUCUUCAGCAGAUGGAUGAAGCAAUGGCCAAGUAUGGGAACAAUCUAACAUAUGACAACCUAGUUUCCAGUGAGCCCACAGUAGCACAGCUGCUAGCUCAGUCUGCUGCUAAUCCUAUAAAGUGGCCUAAAGACAGGAUACUUCAGACUAGAAUUGAACAUCUAAUGUAUGCUGUGGAGCACCGUAAAUGGCCAGUUGGCAUUGACUUCCAAAGUAGUGACCAAGAAGUUAAAGCAUCAAGUUCCCUCCCUCAGUCUACCAGCAGUGCCUCUUCACAUUCAUCAGGUGCAUCAGAUAUGAUAGAUGCAGAACGCCGCAAGAGAUUGCAGCUUGAAGCUGCAGAAGCUGAACGGCAGCGUCUCCAAGCAUUGAUACAUCCCAACCUCCACCACACAUUAGGUUUAUCUAAAAGCUCCUCUGGUGCUGCUGCUGCUGCUGCAGCUGCUGCAUUAGGCCUUCCAUCCUUUACUAGUGCCAACCUUAGGUCAUUCAUGGAAUCAUCUGAGGAUAGAGGAAAGAAGAGUCAACAACUAGUAACAGAUUCACAUGCAUUGCGGCAACUCCAGGCACUACAGGGAACAUUGGAUCUAACAAUAAAGCCUGUAAAUCCAGGUCAAAAUGCCUUGGAUUUGGCGUCUAGCCUCUUACCUCGCCGUGGCCCUGGUCGACCUAGACUGGAUGAUCCAUUGAGGUCUGUGGAAAAAAGACGACUUGGUGAAUCACCUGGAGAUUCACGAUCUCAGGAAAAGAAACGCAGAAAAUUAGAUGAAAUAGUUUUAGGACUUACAUCUAAGGGAAAGAGUCCAGAGAUGACUUGUACAACCACGAAGGAUACCAGUCCCCUUUCCCUCCUUCGUGGAUCCUCUGUAACUUUACUAAGUUCACGGGACAAAAGCCAAGUUACUAGUGCUGUAAGUACGCCCAAAUUGUCAUCCAGCAUUAGCAUUACUCCCACCAUAUCUAAGCGUCCCAUAGAUACACGGGUAGAUGACGCCACAGGAGCUUCCAAUAAAACUACAACCACCUCCAGUGAUAAGGAUGGAAAACCAGGGCUUGUUAAGCAAUCUGAUUUGCCUCCUGGUGUUACAUUACCACCAGGGAUUGAAUUAUAUCGCCCAGCUGAUGCCAAAGUUGAUAAAUGGCUUGAACAGCAUCAAGGACUUUUGGGAGAUUCUUCAAAACAAUCAAAAGAAGUUAAGAGAAGAAAACUAGAUUUUACCUCAAUGGACUGGAGUCAGUUUUCGGGUGAUGAACACGUAAAUGUAAUUAACACCUCCACCGGACAAAGAAUAAGUGGGCAAGAUGCUCCAAAGUUGAAGAACCUUGCAAAAUGGCUUAUGGAACAUCCCAAUUAUGAUGUUGAUCCGCAAUGGGCAGAUAAUAUGAAGGAGAGAUCAAGUAGUCUUGGAUUAUUAUCUGAUUUACAGAAAAGACUUUCUGCCUCGGAAAAGAAACACGCCGCCUCCAUUUUAUCAUCCACAUCUGCCUUCCUUCAUAGUUCCAUGUCCUCCAGCAGCAAUACCUUAACCACUUCCUCCUCCUUGGCUUCGGGUUCCAAUGCCAGCACCACAUCUACCUCGGCUGCUGGAGGAAGCACUAGUACCUCCCUCCCUUCUUACUACUCCACAAAGGGCUUGCCAUUUGAUGCGAAGAGUAUUUUACAGAGCCUGGAUCCAAAGACUUCUCUCACUGCUGCAGCGUUGGCAGGAUUAGACCCAAAAGUCUUAGGUUUUGAUCCUAAACUACUCGGGAGCCUCGAUCCAAAAUCAUUAAGUCUAGACCCAAAGAUGCUACCUCCAUUAGAUGCAAAGUUCCUAGCAACUAUGGGCCUAGACCCUAAAUUUUUGGGAUUAGAUACUAAACAUUACGAAUCAAAGCGUCAUGAAAGCAAACAUCAUGAUAAACAUGAAAGCAAGUCAGGACACUCCUCCAGGUCGCAAGAAAGCAAGUCAUCAUUACAUAAUAUUGAUCCCAAGUUAUUAGGUUUAGAUCCAAAAGUAUUAGCAGGAUUGGAUGCUAAGACUUUAGCUGCCCUGGACCCAAAAGUACUUGCAAGUAGUUUAGCAGGAUUAGACCCUAAAGCAUUGGGAGGUCUUGAUCCUAAAGCUCUGGCAGGACUUGAUCCCAAAGUUAUGGGUGGUCUUGAUCCCAAAGCUCUAGCAGGAUUUGACCAAAAAGCUUUAGCAGGUCUACUUGACCCAAAGUUAUUAGCAGGACUAGAUCCAAAAUUCCUUGAUCCAAAAGUAUUAUCAGCUCUGGACCCUAAAUUCCUCUCAGGCUUGGACCCUAAAUUAUUAGCAGGACUUGAUCCCAAGUUAUUAUCAGGUCUAGAUCCAAAAACACUUGCUAGCCUAGAUUCUAAACUAACUGGUUUUGAUCCCAAGUUGUUAGGUCUAGAUCCCAAAAUGUUUGGGGGCAUUGACCCCAAACUGUUAGCCAAUUUGGACCCGAAGCUCCCAGGAGGAUUAGAUCCCAAGACUCUUGGGGGUAUUGAUCCAAAGUUACUAGCCAAUAUGAGUAUGGAUCCAACCAUGAUGAUGAUGGCUGGCUUUGGUGGCUUGCCGGCAAUGGCUGGACUAGGAAUGGGCAAUCCUUUAUUAGGUGGACUAGCUGGGUUUGGAUUACCUGGUUUGCCCAAUUUGAAUGAUUUAGCCUCAACCUCUAAAUCUAAGGACCAUAGAAACGCAGCAGCGAGUUCUGCUGCCAGUUUAUCAUUUCCAAGCAUGUUCCCAGGAGUUAGCACUGCAGGCCUGAUGUACCCACCUUUGGGACUUGGUGGGUUAGGUUCCUUCCAGUUACCAUCAAUGUCUUCUGCAGCAUCUAGUGCUUUAUUGAAUGGUAUCCCUACAAGCAUAAUGUCCACAGCAGGUUCUUCUCGCCAUGCCAACCAGACUUCUACCACAAUCAGUAGCAGCAGCAAGUGGCGUGAUGACCAUAGAAAAUCUCGCGAAUCAAGGGAUGAUCACCGAAGUAGGGCAGAGAAGCAAGAACCAUCAGAUGAAGUAGAACGGGGCCUUAGUGUGCGUAAAGAAAGAUUGAAGGAACAAUCUGGACUGUCAAAAGAGGAACGUUAUUUACUGAAACAGAUGAAAGCAGAAAGAUUGGCUCGUGAGAUUGAAGCUCAGGGAGGGCAAGACCCCUAUGCAGCACACUUAGAUUUGUCAUUGCAUAAAAAUCAGGACAUUCAUAGAAAUGUGAAAGCCCAAGAAGCACCAGAAAACCUGAGCAAGGAAUCUGAUGCUAGCAAGCAUGCAUCUGGGGGGGAAGCCCAAAACUUGAACACAAAGGAAGUGGAAAAUGGUGAAAAAAGUGGCACAAACUCUGAGAAGGAGGAGGAGGAGGAGACGUCAUAGUGCAGUGGUGUCACAUUCUACAAAUCAACAGUUGUAAGCAGUAAUUUAGCCAACAUUGAAAGUAUAAUUGGUAUACUUUAGUAUAAACCUGAGGCGAUAUUUUAGUUAAAAUGUGUGAAUGAAAACUCUAAGUAUGCAAUGUGUGUGACUGUGACAUACUACAACCCCACCCCACCCCCCGUUUUCCAUGCUACCGCUCUUCAUAUACCCACACAUCAAAUAUUCACUUUGACAUUUAACUGUGAUACUGACCUCAUUAUUUAUUCCAUAUUUUGUGCGAAAAUAAUAUAUCAGCUGUCUGAAGGGAACACAUUUCCAUUGACCAUUGAAAAAGCCAAGUUUGAAGUGUGAAAGCAUCUUAUCUUUUCCAUUAGUGAUGUGUGCCAGGUGUUGUGAUGACGCUGCAACAGUGCAGAAAUGGACGAGAAUGAGCUAAGUUGCCUAGUAUUGAUGAACACAAACUAUUAGUGAUACGCUAAUUUGGAUCUGAAUUGUUCCAAGCUGUUAUGAGAGGAGUGGUGCAUCUGUUUCUUGUGUGUGUGGUCGUGUAACAUUCUAGAAGCUGCUUUAUAUUGUAUAAUUGCUAUUUCACACAUUGAACCUCUCGAAAGUGCUUUAGGAGUCAAGUACAAGAGUGUAGAGAUCUUUCCUUUCAUUAAAAAGAGUUGGAUCUUAACUGCAAUCCCAUGUCUGUGUAUAUAUUAUUAUUAAGACUGAAUAAAAUUGUAAGCAAACUUUUGUAAAAGCUAAAUGUAAACUAAAGUUCACUAAUAUUAAAGGGAACUUGGUGA